GGCUGGCGGGCCCGGGGGUGCCGGCGGUGGCGGGGGUCAGCGAGCGUUCGCCUGAGCCCCGUGAGUUCCGGCACCCUGACCCACGCUUGAUCAGGUCACUCUGCUGAGUGAGCAUCAGAAGAGCUGUCUUUCGGCCUGUGCGGCGAGAAACGGCGUGGCCUCAAUUUCCUAAGAGUCUCUGUAGAAGCUGAAAUCCAUCAAACACCAUUCUUCAAAAUGCAAUGGAAUGUACCAAGGUCUGUAUUCCGACUGGCACAUAGGACAUGCAUGGAACCACAUAAAGCCAAUCUUUUUGGACACUGUCAAAACCUAAAGGGACCAUUACUUUUGUAUAAAGCUGAAUCCAGAGUAGUUUUGGUACAGGGCCCUCAAAAACAAUGGCUACAUUUAUCUGCUGUCCAGUGUGUUGCAAAGGAAAGGAAGCCAUUCACUGCUCAUCCACCCCAACCAGGGGUCCUUCACCAUAAACAGUGGGAGCAAGAUAUUUUAUCCAAGAGGAUUAUGUCAUCCAAUGCCACAUCCCCUGGAACUCCUUCGGAAAAAAAGGAAGAACCUGAUCCUUUACAAGACAAAUCUAUUAGUCUUUAUCAACGAUUUAAGAAAACAUUUAGACAAUAUGGAAAAGUUUUGAUUCCAGUGCAUCUAAUAACUUCUGGUGUUUGGUUUGGAACAUUUUAUUAUGCAGCCAUAAAAGGUGUGAAUGUCAUUCCUUUUCUAGAACUCAUUGGGUUACCAGACAGCAUAGUAAACAUUCUGAAAAAUUCCCAGAGUGGAAAUGCACUAACAGCAUAUGCCUUGUUUAAGAUUGCAACACCUGCCCGAUAUACUGUGACUUUGGGAGGAACCUCCUUCACUGUGAAGUACUUGCGUAGUCGGGGCUACAUGUCGACACCGCCUCCUGUUAAGGAAUAUCUACAAGACAGGAUGGAAGAGACCAAGGAGCUUCUCACAGAGAAAAUGGAAGAAACAAAGGAUAGACUCACUGAAAAAUUACAAGAAACCAAAGAAAAAGUUUCUUUUAAGAAAAAAGUGGAAUAGGGUGCCUUCUAUAACAGGUGAUAGACAAUUUCUGCACUUUAACCCUUUAGAAACUAUGGACAAAGAUACAUGAUCCUGGUGAUUUUUUUUGGUUAGUUGCCUAAAUAUACCAGUUCUCUGAGGGUUAAAGACCUAAGAUACCUUUUUAAAGUUAAAUAUCACUAGAAAAAUCAGUGUUUUUUGAAAAGAAAAAAAUGAACCCAGUAUAAGAAUUUAACAUCAAUAGCAGCAUUAAGCAGUGGUUAGUGUCGCAUAAGUCAGAGCUCUUUUUUCGGGGUCUUCAGAAUCAUACUUGCUUUAUGUUUUGUUGCAGCUAUAAUUUAUGCAGAUGAAGCAGUUGACUCCUUGGAUAACUGAUGUGGCCCUAGACAGGGUGUUAACACUGGGUUUUCAUCUUUAUGUUAUUCAUUGAGCUUUUAACUAUAUUCAUCUCUUAAUGUGGAAACCAAUAUUAUCAUCAAAACUGCCAGUGAAUAAGAGGAUACUUAGUGUUUCUGUAAAAACAGUAUAUAACAGUUAUAUACCAGUUAAAAUACACAUUUUAUAUGAAGGAACGCGAAUAAAAACGGAGUCCUGUGUAUGUAAGUAAGAUGUAUUGGUUACAUGUAAAUGAAAAAUUGACCCUUUAAAAAUGAUUUUUACCUGAAGCUUGUCAGUUUUUUUAAAGCAAAUAUAUAUGGCUAUGGUACUUUUUCACCUAAUACAUAAAUCUCUACUUUGAAUCAUUUGUGUUCUCUUCAACUAUAUUUCAGAGGAAAAGUGAAAAUAAUAUGAUACCUUAAGUUUAUUGUUGAAAUCAAAUAUUCUUAAGCCAUGACUCAGGUUUGUGGUUCUUGAGCAGAUACAGGUGUGGGAGGAUGGAAAGUGCCAUCAGGUUGUUCCAGAGCUGGCCGCCCCUCCCCCACCCCGCCACGUGGCAGGUUUGUCUCCACAGGCCAACACUCUCAGUGUCUGUUUCAGAGUUAAUGUUGAUUUCUUUGUGCAGUAAAUUUUUAAAUUGUAGCUGCUUUUUUCCUUGGACUGAAAUAGAGCUUUUCCCUUAUAUUGAAAUAUGC